GUUGACAGUGUCAAAAAGAAAGAAGCUUCCAUUAAUUCAAUAAUUUAUUCUUAUUUUUAUCAUAAAACAUCUUAUGAAUGUAGUUUUUUCAAUUCUGUUUGUAUAAAUUGUAUUUCGCAUUUGUAGAUAAAGACACAUUCAUUCUGUUUACUUUCAUAUUCGCACAGGAUUCCCAAAAGAGGACAUAUUUAGACAUCUACAAGAUGGAUUUGGCGGAGACAAUGAAAAGUGUUCUGGCGAAAAGCACGGGAAAUGCUAGCGCUGCUUCAAGCAGUUCAAGCGCAGCUGCACCGCAUAGCGCUGAGGGAUAUGUGACAGAAAAACUUUACAUGCUGCUGCAAUUAUACUUGCAAAAUAAGGGCUGGAGUCCCAGCAUUGAACUGUUACAGUGCUUUAGUGAUUUAAAAGAAUCAUCUAUGCUUCCUAGUGCUGCCUAUUUACAAAUGAUGGCUUCAAGAGUGGGCUUAGAUGCUCAAGGUAGAUUGAUUUAUCGUGAAAAUGGAAAAAUAAUUCUUCCAUAUGAACAUUUUGCUAAUGCUGUAAUGUUAAAACACAUGAAUGGUCCCCAUGGACUGCAUCUUGGAUUGGAAGCUACUGUCCGAGCCGUUGUAGAGUCAUAUACUAUUGGACGUGAUCAAUUUGGUAUGGAGAAGGAGUUUAUAGUGGAAGUUGUUCAAAAUUGCCCAAAUCCUGCUUGUCGUUAUUACAAAAAUCAAUUAGAGAUGACACAAAAAUCAAUUCAGCAACACUUGUCACAACAACCAACAUAUAUCCCCGAGGCAGGCAGCACAGCUCUUCCCGAUAGUGCAGCAGUAGAGCGGCUAUUGCGCGGAGCUGCGCUACCUCAAGAUUACCAGCUUCCUAUCGCUCCACACAUUGCUGCACUUUCCAAUUUAGCUGGUGAAAAAUCAGAACGACGUGCUGAGAAAUUGUCUCAGCAGAUGUUAUUGCAGCAGAAUAGAUCUCUGGGCCACCAGUCCUCUAUUGAUAAGUACUCUCACCAGCAACGGUCCAACAGCUCUCACUCCAGCCUCGAGACGAAGUCCAAACACCACUACUCUGAUGAACACAAGCUUACUGAUUUCUUGAGGGCCAACCUCGAGAGCUUGGAGUCGCUGUCGGGCGGCGGCGCGGCGGGCGGCGCGGGUGGCGGCGCGGCGGGCGGCGCGCACGGCGAGCGCGCGGCGGGCGCGGGCGGCGCGGCGGGCGGCCAGGAGCGCGUCGUGCGCGCCUUCGCCGAGCUGGCGCGCAACCUGCAGCGCAUGCGGCCCUGCGUGCGGCCCGCCAUGUGCAAGCCCUACGGCAAGCAGAGCGAGCAGCUGCAGAAGAUUUUGCUGGAUACGAUUCAGUUAGUUCAGUCCUUACGAAGCUAUCUACCGCCUCCACACAUUCAAGUUACGUCAUGGAAAAAUGAUGAUAAACUACGUUCAAACAACAUGGAGGAACUCGAAAGUCGUAAGAUCGUGAGCGGCAACUAGCCUUUGCAGUUUUGUUUUUCGUCACAUUUGUUUUCGUAGAUCGGAUCAACUGUGGUGUCAGUAAAUGUUUUAAUUUUUUUUUAUUGACAAUAGAAGAUUCGGCAGGUUGGUAUUUGAGUUUUUAAAAAUGACUCGGAUAAUAUGUUUCGUGCAAUAUAAGCCGUUUAAUUUCCUUUUUUAAAUUACAAUGACUGUUGUUGUUUUUAUGUAUGUUAUAAACAAUGAAAGUAUUUUAUCCAAAAGUUUCCAUGUUUUAUAUUUUAAACAGAAACUUUUUUUUUUACAAUUGGUAACAAUAACACAAACAUAAUUUUAUAGUUUAAUGCAUUUUUAAGCACAAAAUUGUAUUUUUAAUUAAAGAAAAACAUUAUAUGUUUGUUAGAAUUAAGUACUAUUUUAUUGAUUGCUUUAUUCUUGUUGGUUUUUCUUAAUGAAAAUUUUCUUUUAUCUGACCUUUAUUAUUUUAUGUUACGUACUUUUCGUAUGCUACUAUAUAGCGCUUUUGAUGUUAUUAUAAUUAUUAUUAUCGUAUGUUUCUUUUUAUAUUUGUGUAUCGAUUUGGCGUUUCUAGCUUGUAGUCUCGGUUUACUGUUGUAAGUGCAUUAUUUACACUGUGAUAGAGGUGUAAUAGGUUGUAGGUUGACGGAAAUCUUGACAUGGAUCUAAAGUAUUAUAUAAAUUAAGAAUUUUAAUUAUGGGCUUCGAGCUGCGAGUCACAUCCACGUACCACGCCACGCACACAUGCAAGUACACGAACAAGACCAUUUGCACGUAGUUCGUGUCCACACACGCGUGCGUGCGUAAAUCUUGCGUAUGUGCGUUGAUGUGGGUUGUCGGCUAAUGUCUAAAUUAAAUAGACUUUUAUUAAUUAAUUUUUUGUAUGAAAAAACUUGCCCAGUUUUUAUAAUGGUGUUAUUAUUGAAAUUGGCUUUGACCAUUCGAUUUAGUAUUAAGCAAUUAUAAUGGAAUGUUUUGUAAUAAAUAGCCAUGUCUUGUCGUGUAAAGUGAUUGAGAGGUUAGUAUCGUUUCGAAGACUGCAAGUUUUUCACAUUAAGCUAUAGAUAGCUACUGAGUGUAAGUAGAGUCGGUGUAAUGUGUAGAAAGGUUGUAUCGAGGACAUUGUACGGUAUAGGGACUUGUCCAGAGUUGAAGUUUUCAUUAGUUUAUAAAACUUGAAUAUUUUUGUAUUUGGUUGAACGAUUCGGUAUUUCUGUAUUUUAUUGUACUCUUCGAAGUGUUUUAUUUAAAAAAGAAAUGACAAAAUGAUUACUCUAAAUAUAUUCAUGGACUAUGUUUAUUGUAAAGCUUUAAAUGUUUACUAUGGAUUUUUUUUUAUAUUUGAUUUCAUAUACUUAAAAAAAUUGUUUAUACAUAUUUUUUUUCAUAGGCAUCACUUAAAGUUCGUUAGUGCAAUAAUUAGGCAAAGCCUACAUUAAAUUUUAUAUCUUAGUACUUUAGUUCUAAAUUAUAAAGCGUACACAUACUUUUGACUUUCGACUAUCAUUCGAGGGUUCGUAGUCGAAAUUAUAUGUAUAUAUUACUGAUUACGAUCUUCAUAUAUAAUUAAAUUAACAUAUUAUGAGAAUGGAUAUUGGCAAAAAUUGUAAAAUAAUCGAUUUUUAAAUAAUUUGAUCUUUGGAUCGAUUUUAUAAGACAAUUUGCCAACCCGGUGAAUAAAAAAAUAUUUCUAAAAAACUACGUAUUAUGGAAAUUCUCGAUAUAAAAAAACUUAAUAGCUUGAGCAAUAAAGAAAACCGAGGUACGAAACUUCGACAGUCGUAGACAUUUAUUAUAUAUAAUAAGGUUGUACUUAUGUAAGAGCUACCGGUUAUAUAUAUAUAAUCUUUUAUAAUUGAACUCUCGAAAUCAUCACAUAUAAUCUACUUACAAUAAGAACAGCUCUUUAUAAAUAUUACAACAUUAUGUAUAUUUAAUAAUUUAAUACUAAGGCAGUUAGCAGUAUAAGGACGCUUAGGUAUUGAUUCGUGGCUGCCUCAUCCAAAUAUGAAACGAGGCUAUAACAUUUUCUUCUGAAACUUUUACAAUACGUCUAGUAUUAAGUUCAUUUCCUCGAAGUAUUAUAACGACCGGAUGAAUCUCUCUCUGUAUUAGAAUUAAGUUUUCUAGUCAAAAAUUGAUAUCAUAUUCUUAAAACAUUGGUCUUAUUGGCAAAAUUAACCAAUCGCGAUUUGUAAUUUAUUAUAAAUAAAUUUGAGCAGUAAACAUAUCAUACGUCAAAGGAGCCACUGUUUGAGGAGGAAUUUAAACAUUUUGAUCUCAAUUCAGCAUCACGCCGAAAUCAUUUCAUAGUUUUUUUUUUUUAUCACAAUUGAUGCUUCGACUUAUGUAAUUUGCAAUUUUUCAAUUGAAGCAUAAAUAAUGUUUAAUAUAAUUAUGAUUAACGAAUAUAUAGUGAUUCCGUUUCUUUAGGUGACAUUUGUACGACCAUAAUGUAACAAUAAGUCCGUUAUGAGAUAAUCUCGAAUAAAUAGUGCAUUAAUCUGUCUUCUAUUACAUAAUACGUAUAUUAAGUGUGCGACUGAGCCGUGUACCUCCGGGUAAAGUUUAUUAUUAUUUUUUAUAAUACCUUUGCUUCGACAAUUUAUAAUAUUAUAAUCGUGUAAUCCAUUUAAAUAGAACAUGCACAAUGUAUAAAAUAUAACGAAAAAAGGAGUUUUUUUUU